CACAAUCCAUGGUAAAGUUUAAAAAAGAGGAAAGUGACCAAAUUUAUGUCUCUCCCAAUAUCUGAAUGAUUGUUCCAUGCCUUCCAUGAUUUCAUCACUUCAAGAAAACCAUCACUAAACCUUUCAAUUUUCUGAACUAAACAGUGUCAUCAUCAUAUCACUACGUGUAUGAGAAAAGGAGCAAGUAAAAAUGGAUGUGGGAAGAAGAAGAAAAAAACCUGUGGUGGAAGAGUCUGUUUGGGAGAGAAGGAUUAGACUUGAUGAAGUCAAAGGUGGGAUCAAAGCCCUUAUUAACACUUCCCAAUCAGAAGAAGAAGAAGAAGAAAACCCAGAAAGAGCUGAUGACCAAGAUCCCACUUUUGCUCCCCACAUCAAUGAUGGUGUUUGCCAAGAAGAUGGUAAAGUGGGUAUGGGCCCAAAACCCAGUCCUGGUGGGAUUGGAAGGAGGAAAACUUGGAAAUCUGAAUGCUUUGAGCUCAACCCAAUUCAGAUUGCAAGAAAAACAAGAUCCCAUUUGACCCUGAGUUUGGAUGAGGAGAAAUUCAAGGAAUUGGGUCUCAAAAGCCCAUCUGAGAAGAUGAAGCCAAGAAAAGCGAAGCCCUUCAUGGAUAACAGCAGAAAUGAGAAGAUUCUUGAAUCAAGAAAGGAUUUUUAUGAGAAUGUGAAUAUUUUUGGGACUGUUCAAGAUUUUGAGGGAAAUGGGGCUUCUGUUGAUGGGUCGAGAGAGAUAUCUAAAGGCUGUUUGGAGGAUAAGAGUGAGAAUAAACCAACUGGGCUUCAGAUAGCAAGAUCUGGGGAGAAGUGUGAAGAACAAGAAGAACAACAAGAAGAAAAAGUCAUCACUAGAAAUAUUGCCUUUGAUAUGGUCAAAUCUACCCUUAAAGUGGAAGGGGGUGAUUUAGAUGAAGACCAGUGGGAAGAAGCCCUAGAAAGCACCGAAGUUAAUGUUGAAAAUAUAAGUAAUGUGUCAGCAGAGAAGAAGCUUGAUAAUGGAAAAGAAAGAAAUUUUCCCAUUUCAUCAAGAACCAAUCCAGUUCCAGUUUCAGAGGAAUCCUGUAGAGCUCUUAGACCUCACAGCAGAAUGGAGAGCUAUGUUGAUCUAGUGAUGUGGAGAGAUGUCUCAAGAUCAGCACUUGUUUUCGGUGUUGGAUCAUUUAUGAUAAUUUCUUCUUCAUAUUUUCAAGAUUCCAAUAUCAGCUUGAUUUCUGUGCUUUCAUACAUGGGUCUCGUAUAUGUUGCGGUUCUUUUCAUUUUCAGGUCCCUUAUUCACAGGGAGGCCAUACACGUAGGCGAAACACGGGGUUUUGUUGUUGAAGAGGAUGAAGCAAUGCACAUAGUAAAAAUGAUACUCCCUUACAUAAAUGAGUUUCUCUUGAAUAUCAAAUCGUUAUUCUAUGGAGACCCUGCAACAACAAUGCAGAUGGCUGUGAUACUCUUUGUUUUGGCACAUUGUGGCAGUUCCAUAACCAUAUGGAAGAUGGCUAAAUUAGGCUUUUUCGGAGUCUUCAUGGUCCCAAAACUCUGCUCUUCAUACUCCUCUCAGUUAACUGCAUUCGGUAUGUCGUGGAUAAGACGUGCUAAUGCCUUUUUGGAGUCAUUUGCUCAUAAGAAAGCCAUUGCAAUCGGCACUUUUGCGCUGGUAUGGAUUCUUUCUUCUGCCAUUGCUCGAAUCUGGGAAGUGUUCAUGGUGUAUGUGGCAUUUAGAUACUAUAGAUUAUCGGUGACGAGAGGGCCCCACUCGAUAACAGAUGAAACCGACACCAGGCCGAAAGACGAAGAUUCCAUAGGCUUGAAUGGUAGAAGGAUAACCAACUUACCAAACGGACACGCAAAGGCAAAAUAAAAGCUUUGUAAGUCUAUAAACUUGACACAAUGGAUUGGCUUUUCUUAAGGUUUAAACACACUUUUGGAUCAAACCACAUAAAAAGUAGAUUUAAUAUAUUACAUAGUUCAACUCAAAGCCAUUGGGAAUACUUUUGACAAUAGUGAUCAUAUCUAACGCGACGUUUGACCGUUUUGUUUUGACCAUCGUAUCUUGGCAGGGCAAACUCCAGAUAAAGAAAUGGUGUCCUAUGUAAAAAAAUUUUGAGAUGUGGGUACAUUGCCUCCUUUUGCUUCGUAAAUUUUGUCAGUAGGACUUUGCCCAAAGUCUAACCCAUUUCUUAAUCGGGUUUUUUCUCUUGUC